AAAAAUGGUCAUGUGACUAAGCCACUCCGACCAGGAAGGUGUAAUUGUAAUUGUUGAAAGAACAGCUUGGGUCGGCGUUAGUUGAAAAACGAAGAUGAAAAACUGCUGGCUUCUGCCUUCUGUGGGCUUCAUUUUACACAUGCUGGCGGGGUGUGAUGCUACCGUGAUCCUCUCAGUUCCAGCAGCUGUGAUACUAGAAAACCACAGUUCAAGGAAUAUAAGUAUCGGAUGGAGCUCCCCGCUAGGUGUGAGAACUGAGAUCACUUUUAAUAUCACCUAUUCUUCAAAAAACACAACCGUCGUUCAGCUCCCAGACCAGGUAACAUUACCACCUGAAGCAAGCUCUACAAGCUUCGGAGUCCAAGCUAAACAUGUAGGCCAGGUUACUGUUUACCUGAACAGCAACAACUCAAACUACACCGGAUCUCCCGCUCGAAUUCGCUUCCUGGUAGUACGGAGUUCCGCUGUUGAAAUCGUCAACCAGGUGAUUGGCUGGAUUUAUUUCCUGGCCUGGUCCAUCUCGUUUUAUCCGCAGGUCGUGGAGAACUGGAGAAGGAAAAGUGUCAUAGGGUUGAAUUUUGACUUCUUGGCAUUAAACCUCACAGGGUUCAUUGCAUACAGCGUGUUCAACGUGGGUAUGUUCUGGGUGCCCUAUGUAAAGGAGGAGUUUCUGAAGCGCAGCCCCAACGGGGUGAAUCCUGUGGAAGCUAAUGAUGUUUUCUUCAGUCUCCACGCAGUUGCUCUUACUGUUGUAGUUAUCUGUCAGUGCUGUCUCUAUGAGAGAGGUGAGCAGAGAGUCUCAAAGGUGGCUAUUGGUUUGCUGGUGAUCGCCUGGGCGUUUGCCUUCUUCACCCUGUUUGUGGCGGUCGCAGGUACUAUCACCUGGCUGGAAUACCUGUAUUACUUCUCUUACAUUAAACUGGGGGUCACACUGGUCAAAUACAUUCCACAGGCGUACAUGAACUACCGGAGGAAAAGCACGGUUGGCUGGAGUAUCGGAAACGUCUUGCUGGAUUUCACAGGAGGGAGCUUCAGUCUGAUACAGAUGUUCUUGCAGUCAUUCAACAACGAUCAGUGGAUGUUGAUUUUUGGAGACCCGACAAAGUUCGGUUUGGGAGUCUUCUCAAUCUUGUUUGACGUUCUGUUCAUAACUCAGCACUACUGCUUGUAUCGACAAAAAACAGCUGAAUACCAGCCUAUGGACUAGCCCACCGAAACUCAACGAAGCACAGUGUCCUCGCGGGACCGUUCCCUGCUGGGGUAGAACCAGUAACAACUCCCCUUGUUUCCAUUUCCCUUCCACACCCCCCUUUGUGUGCCUUUCCAGUACUGGUGCACAGCAAUCCAAUCCAUUCUUGUGUUGUGUCUUUCAUGCCCUGGCAUCUCUAAACAGGGCUCGAGCUACUGCAAACCACAGCGUCCUAAGCAUAGAUGCAAGUUUAUGAUUCCCUAGCAGCAGCGAAUCAAUGCAUCAGGUAAAGACACAAACAGUCUCUGCAAGUGGAUUUCCUCUAGGCAGUGGGUUUGUUGGGGUUGUGCACUCUCGAAAACAAGACUCCAGUUGCAUAUUGGAGCAGCAUGGACACCAGCAUCUGCAGACCUCAGUUGGCUACCAUUGAUUGUGCAAAACACGUGCAUGAGUCCUUAUGAAUUUCAGACACAUGCCAGUGGUGGAUGUGGCACUCCAGCCUUAGAAGAUACAUGAAUGAUGUUUUUAAACAGGCUGUUUUUUUUAACCCUUUAUGGUAAAAGGGACCUAUGUGUCCCACAAAUAAAAAUGGUGCUAACUUUCUUAUUUUUGGCAGUGAGCUGCACGAAACGUGGUUUCAGAUUUACUGAGGUUGGAUCUGCUCAUCCUAAUUGUCAGUUUCCUCCUCGUGAUAUUUGCGUUGUUCUCAAAUGUUUUCAGAAGAAACCGUUUGAACAAGCACUCAAUUCCUCGUAUACGUUAAGGGGUUAAUGAAUACUUUAAAUCUUUAUAUUAUUACAAAAACAUGUCUAAUAUGUAAGUAUACAUAACACAUGGAAUUCUAUUGAAAUAUUCAUAUUAUGAAAAGAUAACUGAUUUUUUUUAUAAAACGUACUGUUAACACAGUUGCCAACUGUAAAAUAAUAAUAAUAAUAAUAAUCUGUAUAAUAUGGUUCUGAUGGGAGUAAGGAAAUAAAUCCCAUUUAAAAUAAUCUUAAACAGCGUAGAAGGUUAAGUGAGAAAUCCAAAUCUGCUUAAAGGGAAAGAAUUGUUUCUGAUUUCAUAGCAGCAUCUGGUUUACGGUUACUGUAAAUGUAUUUGUAAAUAUGAGCAAAGUCAUUUUUUUAGUUUGUUUUUUUGUGAUAAUUUAGAAUUCGACAAAAAAAAAAAAAAAACAUUUUGACCUACAUCAAAGUUCAGUUGAGGUGAAUAUUUAUAAUAACAACUGAUCUGAAUAACAUUGAUUUGGUACCACCCAUUUUAAUUGUUUUUAGACUUGCAAACUAACUAAAAAAUAACACUGAUGAGGACAAUUAUUAAGCUGCUAAGACCAGCUGUGGAGUAGAAGAUAGUGCUAUACAGAUUGAAACUUUCUUAGCUUCUACUAGUGAGAUGAUGUCCACUCUGCUCAUUAUCCAGGAUCAUGAGAGGAGACUACAUAGCAUAUCCAGAGAAACCAAGCUUACCGAUGCAAAGCACUGGGCAGUGUUAGUUUAAAAGCUUUGCAGGUAUACAAAGAUGUAUUCAUGUCCCAGGCCAGAAAAAAAAGCCUGCAGUGUCUUUACUGAACAAGGCUAAUGCGUUCAGUUUGAUUUUGCAUUGGCUGUGGAGUUAGUUACACACUAUUUUAGGGAUCUGAAUAGUACAGCUUUGGUUUUUAAUCAAGCAAGUGAUGAAAGUGACCCACCUACUGGUCACAGAGGCACACAGUUGAGCUAAUGUUACACUAAUCGGUAUACCAAGUGUACGAUGCAUUUGUGACCUGCACAGAACGAUCUGAAUGAAUGACAAAGAAGCAGGCAGUAGCUAGCUACAGGGUGGAAAUUAUAAGCAAGAUUAUACUAACCCUUUAUAUAAUUGUUGAAAGAAGGAGUUGUCCACAAAUCACACUAUAUAAAGAUGUUGUAUAUGAGUUUUCUGUAUGUUUAAUGCAGUUGUAGAUCUUUUUGUAAAAGCUAAUGUAUGUUGGAGCCUUUCUGUAAAAUUUUUUUUUAUUUUGUCAUGUACAAAAUAAUGUGAAACAAGUGCCUUUUCUAUCACUGAAGCAAAUAUAUACAUAUAUAUAUAUAUAAUCAGAAUCAAUUUAAAUUAAUGUGACUUUUUAAUAAAAUUUAAAUAAUUUUAAAGUUGCCUGUAGAUCACCAUUUUGGUCUUUUAUGAUUAAAUGUAACUGCAGUCUA